CCCUAGUGGGCACAUACAUAAAUAAUGCAAGAAGAAACUGAAAUUGAUGGCUGCGAGGGUUGGCAGAGGUUCCAGAGUAGGUGGAUGUUCUCAUGUUUCAUUCUGCAGCUAUGGUCGUAUGAACAAGGAGGUGGAGAAGAAGAAGAUGAAGGAGGAGGAUGAGAAAGUUGACAUCAAUGGAGGAAGAGCAAGAAGUACUGAUGAAGGUGACAGCAGCAAUACAGGCAAGAUGCUUCAUGGUGGUGAUGAUGAUGAUGAGCAGUAUCAUGCAAAUGUGGAUGGUGAUGGUUUGGAUUCCUCAGGGUAUGAUGAUUAUGAAGACUAUUACUACAGAAGGUAUGGAGAUGUUCCAAGUCCAGGUAUUGGCCAUUGAAUCGACACCUUCUCGAAAGAGCGCGCAGUUCAUAUGAGAACACAUGCUUAUAAGGGCUGGAUGUCGUCCGAUCGAGUGUCACGCAUUUCGUGAAGCGCCCAAUUUCUUAUCCGACUGACGAUGUUCGACCGUGAUAAGCAUGUUUUGCAAGUAAGAGUGAGGAUUAUAGAAAAAAUUCCUCCUGCAAGAUCUCUAUAGU